AUGGCUUCGGGACCGCACUUGGCCUUUGCCUUGUUCGCCAACGCACUUUCUAUCAUCUUUCUCAGUAUCGCGCUCAGCCAUGGUGUCACAUACAACGAUAUACCAACCCUCGACUCGGAUCAGUUUCCAAAGGAAGAGAACUGCGUCUACACGAACUUCCGGACAUCAUUCAGACACCGCAAUUCCGACAUGACAAUAGGUCAGAAUGUGCGGACCGGUCUAAUCGUGACCGGCAGUGUUCUUCUCGGAAUGUUCGUGUAUGGCGGACUAUAUGCGCUUGAGCACUACCUCGGAAGCAGGACCGAGUCGAAAACCUACCCGAUUCUGUCCAGGUGUACACGAUCAAUCGUGGGCAAGAGACGGCAACCUGAUGAGAAAGCAGCCAAACCCACAAUCACCGGCUGGUCUUUUGCGGCCGUGUCUCUCACCGGCAUGCUGUGCAGUCCCAUAUACUCAGUCUUGACGCGCGGCUACGCAGCCCAAGUGCAGGAUUACGACCCGUUCGUCGACUACGACGUGGUCCAGUUGCAGCAGUGGCUCACCCGAAGCGCCCACCUGCACGCCAUGAUGACGAACUGGAGGACCCCCCGGCCCGUCUCUUGGUGGGAGGACGUGGGCUUACUGCAAAAUCAGCUGGGCGAUACUCUGUAUCCGGAGCCCAAGACCCACGGCAUCGGCAUCAACGCGGCUUCUUGGCACGGGUACAGGCUGGCGGCGAAGCCGAUGUACGACCGGUCGUACGCACUGCCCCCGUACCACAGGUUUGAGAGCCUCGAGGCGCGGGUGCACGGGACCGAGGUGCAAGUCCGCUGCGAGACGAUAACGAACAAGUGCAACACGCCGCAUGCGCAGGGCGAGUUUACGUCGUUGAACGGGCCUUCGACUGCGAAGCCGGCGCUGUACGAGUACGAGGUGGAUUGCCGCAUACCAGGAAUGCAGCCCCUAGUCGCCAUCCAGGGCCGCAGUCAGCCGCUCCGGAUCGUCCACCAGCUCGUCCAGAAUCACGACGACCUCGAGGAGAUACCAACGCACUUUUUCGCCAUCCAGGAUUUGAGGUAUGACAAGCAGCAGGAUUGGUGGUAUCAGCGACCCACGGUUGUCCAAUGCAGAUACGAGGGCUACGACAGCCUGGUGAAUGUGAAGAUGGACUCGCUCGUCCGACCCCUCGAGAUCUCCGCAGACAUGGAGCCUUACGAAGACCUCACGGCCGCGGAUCCCAAACCCAUGAUCCAGAACAUCAGCUCUAUCUGGGGCUCCGAUGCCGGCGUCUUCACAUCUUCUAUACCAUUCGCCUUAAACAGUAACGGAGACUUAUUGUUGCAAUUUAUAUACGUCGACAUCCUGUCGGCCACAUUGACAGAAACGGCGCAGGCUUAUUGGAGCCUCAACCGCCAGCACGCUGAAGCAGCUGGUUGGAGUGAUCACGUGCCACUGAACGGGACGGCGAUCCGCGAGGGCAUCGCGCGGACCAAGUAUACGGAGAUCAGUGGCGGAGGCUGGGUAUGGCUCACUUUUCCCAUCGUUCUCCUUGUACUAUGCGUCGGGAUUAUAGGCGGUGCCCUGGCGCGCUCACUUCUGGCUUUCUGGAUACUUAUGAACUCUACGGACGACGCCUGGCUGCCGCUAGCGCAGACAGACAACGGCGAGGCGCCGGGGGCAGCAACGGUCUUUUCAGACGAUGACGAGCCCCCUUCACCAUCUCAAUGCGCACCAUAG